GACACUUUGAGUCCGCGCAUCCUCUCUGCAUAAAAGUCACCACUCCAGCCACCUGCGCAGGCCACCAUGGCCGACAGAUACUCCUUCUCUCUCACCACCUUCUCGCCCAGUGGAAAGCUGGUGCAGAUUGAAUAUGCGCUCAAUGCAGUCAACCAAGGUGUCACAUCACUGGGCAUCAAAGCAGCCAACGGCGUCGUCCUCGCAACCGAAAAGAAGUCCUCUACACCGCUUAUCGAUGCAUCAUCGUCCUCCAAAGUCUCGCUCAUCACACCCAACAUCGGCAUGGUCUACUCAGGCAUGGGCCCAGACUACCGCGUGUUAGUCGACAAGGCGCGCAAGGUCAGCCACACAGGUUACAAGCGGAUAUACAACGAGUACCCACCCACGCGGAUAUUGGUGCAGGAUGUAGCGCGUGUCAUGCAGGAGGCAACUCAGAGUGGUGGCGUGCGGCCGUAUGGUGUGAGUCUGCUCAUUGCGGGCUGGGAUGAUGGCAUUCUGCCGGAGCAAGAGAAAGAAGAGGCUGCAGAGGAGAUGCAGCUCGAUAGCGGCGAGAAGAAGGUCAAGACGGGCAAGACGGGUGGCAUUCUGAAAGGUGGUCCCAGUCUGUACCAAGUCGACCCAAGUGGUAGCUACUUCCCGUGGAAGGCGACUGCGAUUGGCAAGAGCGCCACCAGCGCGAAGACUUUCUUGGAGAAGAGAUAUACUGAGGGGCUCGAGCUGGAAGAUGCGGUGCACAUUGCGCUGCUGACUUUGAAGGAGACGAUCGAGGGCGAGAUGAAUGGCGAUACCGUCGAGAUUGGUAUUGUCGGCCCACCAGCAGAUCACCUCCUCGGCUACGAAGGUGUAGAAGGCGCCACUGGCCCACGGUUCAGGAAGCUCAGUCCGCAGGAGAUCGAGGACUACCUCACCAACUUGUAG